UGCAGGGUGAUAAGGAAGAUGCGCUGAGGAGGAGGAGGAGGAGGAAGAAAGCCCAGCUAGAAGCUGAGGUAUGGGAGGUGCCUGCUCUGUACCCAGCCAGCCCAGCCUCCAGCUCACACAGCACCACACAUAGACACUGCUGGAGACAGGCUGGGACAGACAGACAGACAGGGCAGGGAGGAGGACACACAGACCCUGGCAGGGGGAGACUCACCUUAAAAAGAAUACAAGGUUAGACAGCCCCCAGGAGCAACAGAGGAGAUCACCAUUCAAGGAGGAGAAUCAGACACACAGACAGACAGACAGAGUGCCGGGAGGACAGAGCAGACAUGGAGGGAUCUUCAUUUGGUGCUGGUCGGGCAGGAGCCGGCUUUGACCCUGUUGAAUUUCUCAAGCAGCCCCAGACCAUCCUGAGGAUCCUGUCCUGGGUGUUCUCGAUUGUGGUGUUUGGAUCCAUUAUAAAUGAAGGGUAUAUUAAUAUUAGAACCCCUGAGAUACACUGCAUCUACAACAGUAAUGAUGGAGCCUGCAACUACGCCAUAUCUAUCGGCCUCAUUGCCUUCUUCGCCUGCGUAUUUUUCCUCUUUUUGGAUAUUUACUUUCCACAGAUCAGCAGCGUGAAGGAUAGAAAACGAGCGGUUCUGCUGGACAUGGGCUUCUCAGGUAUCUGGUCCUUCAUGUGGUUUGUAUGCUUUUGCUUCUUGGCCAACCAAUGGCAAGUGACAGAAAAGGUGCCAGAAGUCGACCAAGCGGCCGAUGCAGCAAGAGCAGGCAUUGCUUUCUCCUUUUUCUCAAUUCUCUCCUGGGUCGCCCUAACCUUUAAAGCAAUGCAACGAUACCGACUAGGGACAGAUAUGUCAUUGUUUGCCACGGAUCAGUUUGCCACGGCACCCAGUACUGGAUACCCAGGUUACCCAACGGGCAGUGGAAUAGAAAAUACAGAAACUUACCAGAGUCCCCCUUUCACCGAAAACGUGGACCCUAGCCUCAAAGGGUACCAAGUGCCAUCUUACUGAGGGAGAGAAGAGGACAACCCCUGGGAUGUUUCUACGGAGAUAGCGCAGGUUUACUGAUACAGAACAGAGAAUUGAUGGAUAUCUAACAAAAAAAACAAACAAAACAAAAAAUGUUCUACUUUCUAGAUGUGAUUUUAAGUGCUGGGUGAUUUGUUCAAUUAUUUAGAUCUACAGUGCACUCUGUACAGUGGUAAUUGAUUGAUUGCUUGUAUGUGAUAUCUUCAAGGGUUGUUUUUUUUUUUAAAUGAAAAGAAAAAAAAUAAAUUAAAAUAAUAAGUGCAGUGUUCCCUCUAAGGCCGAAGUAGCCAGUCUGUACAGACCCAGCUGUUGUUGGUUGUACGACUCGCAUAUGAUUAGGGCAAAGCAUGAUGGGUAGUGCAACAGCUCUCAACAGUCUGGAAGUAAAUGAAUAGCGUACAGGUUUAAUGUUAAAACGCCAAAACAUAUAUCUAUCCAGGAAGCAGGACCAUUGCGCUGGCUGGCCCUUUAUUCUAUAAUUUAAACUUUAAGGAUUAUUUAUUAUGAUGUGAAUUGUCGAGGACUCCAAGUGAAUUUUCAAAUUUCAGUCCAAAAUGUAAAAAUUCUCCAAGUCAGUAGUGUUUUCAGGUCGGCUACGGUGACUUAGGUGUGAAUUUACCUUCCUAUCCAGAAAAACUCUGAAAAGGGCCCAUAUGGAAUGAUUAGAAAAAAAAGAAUCUCUCUCAGAUACUCUGAUACCCUAAGAUUAUCCCCGGGCCAAGGUCCAUUUUUCAAUGUGUAUUAUG